UUUGUGCACAUUCAUACUGUUACCAUCUAUGCUUUGUCUGCGUGCGUAGAGAGAGAAAGAUAGAGAGGUUAGAGAGAGAGAGAUGCAAGAAGCAGCGACUUCAUUGCCUUCCAGUAGUGAGAGAUCUUCGAGUUCUGCACUCCACCCUGAAGUGAAAGAAGGAAUAGAGAGUGACGAUGAGAUCAGAAGAGUACCCGAAAUGGGUGGUGAGGGUGCGGGACCAUCCUCUACUUCGGGCAGGGACCCUGAAUCAAGGCCGCCAGCGGAAACAAAUCAGAGGAAAAGGGGCCGAAGCCCAGCCGACAAAGAGCACAAAAGACUCAAAAGGUUGCUGAGGAAUAGAGUGUCUGCGCAACAGGCUAGAGAGAGAAAGAAGGCGUACUUGAACGAGUUGGAGGUAAAGGUGAAGCAGAUGGAGAAGAAGAAUUCUGAACUUGAAGAGCGCGUCUCCACCUUGCAAAACGAGAACCAAAUGCUAAGACUUAUAUUAAAGAACACAACGGCCAACAGGAGAGGUAGCACCAGUGCCAACGGUGCUGAUGGGUAGAGGAACACCUCUCUCUCUCUUUCUGUCUCUCUCUCUCACACUGCAUAAGUCCCUUUGUUGUGUACACUCUGUAUCUCCAUUUCUAUGGGUCAGGUCUAUGUCUCUCUCUAUUUUUAGAAUUUUUUUUGGUUGGGUUUUGUUUUGAGGUGCGAACGUGAUGGUUGCGGGAGUGAAUGUUUAUUUCGUUGAGGAAAAGAGAGACAUGAAUAAAAUAUAGAAAGGGACAUGGCAAAAGCACAUGAAGAGAGAGAAUGAGAUGACUUAUUAUUGGUACUCUUCAUGUGAGUCUUAUCCAUACCUACUACCCCUUCAACGAUUUUGAAACGUAUUAUGAGGUAGUCUUUUGAACAAGUUAAUUCAGGAGCCAUUUAUCCAUUACUUUGUAUUGUUUUUAUGGUUUAUGGGCAUGGAAGGGAUUGUAUAUUAUGAGAAUAUUUAUUUUUGUUACUAUGGGGUCUGUUGUUAUAAGCUACUUUAGGUGGCUAUUGUUUUUAAAAUUGGGUGGCUGUUGUUUUUAUGGUCAAUGGACAUGGAUAGGAUUGUAUAUUAUGAGACUAUUUAUUUUUGUUACAAAGAAGUUGGUUGUUAAGAGUUA